AUGUUUGGUCAAUCAUGGCACGAAGCACAUGCACCCGAGUGGCCGCACAUUAGGUGCUGGAGCGACAAUCAGACCACGGUCUCAAGGCCCAACAAGCUAUCGGCGCGACACCCGCUUGCCCAGGAACUCAACCGCAGCAUCGGCUUCGCUGAAGCAACCUGGCGGCUCCGCGUCUCGACCGGUCAUUUACCAGGGUCGUGGAACUACGUGGCGGAUGCUGGCAGUCGCCUUCAUCUCCCCGUAUACCGACAAGUGUUUACUAACUGUGUUAAUAUGUGGUCCCAGGUCCCGGUCCCACAACACAUCCGUCGGAUCUACACGACGUUCUCUUCCAGCUUCAGGCCGCAUCACUGGCCGCUAGCUCAAGACGGCUCUACGACAGGACAUGGCGAUAGUGGUGCACGUGGCGUCGACAGCGCCGUGAACCGUGCCAGCUCCCCCGCGAUCCAGACGAUCAGUCUCUCCAGCUCGUGCUCUUCGCCAUCGCGUGCUGGCGAGGAGAGCCGUCCUCCGUCGUCAAUACCCCGUCGACCGUGUUGUCCAAAUGUAGCCAUCUCUCUUGGCAUCAUCAAGUGCG